GUUCACUCCCUCUGAGUCCUUCUUAGCCUGUGUACUGUAUACUGGCUUCGAUUUGGUUUAUUUUGUGUUUGGUUUCCCCGCAUUCGAUAAGUCGCUGUUCGCAUUCCUCGGUUGUCGGCUUGGCUCCAGACGUUUUCAUCCCAGGCAGCGUUGGGCCUAUUGGACCACGACUUGUAUACUAUAGUACGAAAUGUCGGGAGCAAAUAACCACUCCAUCGUGAACGGCAUCGGGAAUACAGUUUCCCAGGUCGAGAAGGUUGUCUCUGCCUCAUUGCGACCCUUGCCCACAGCAACAGGCAAUGGGACCUACAUCACGGAGCCAAGCCAGACAGGGCUUGUUCGCGAUCUUAGCCAUGUCGAUCUUAAUGAUAUCAAAACCCUGAUUGAGGUGGUCAAGGAUACUGCAACUGGCCAGCCAGUCAACGAUAGGCACUAUAUCAUGGAGCGAGUGAUCCAGCUUGCCGCUGGACUGCCCUCGACUUCUAAGGGUGGGAAAGAUUUGACGAACACGUUCCUCAAGCAAUUGUGGAAUGACCUGCAGCAUCCACCCAUCUCUUACCUCGGCCGAGAGUCUUCCUAUCGCAAAGCCGAUGGCUCAGGAAAUAAUGUUCUGUGGCCCCAUAUUGGAGCAGCUGGCACCCACUACGCUAGAUCUGUACGCCCGAGGACUGUCCAGUCCCCUGCACUUCCGAGUGCUGAGACGCUGUUCGCCUCUCUUCUGGAAAGAAGAGAGUACAAGGAACACCCAAAUAAGAUAUCCAGUGUCCUAUUCUACCUUGCUUCCAUCAUCAUUCAUGAUCUUUUUCAAACCGAUCGAAAUGAUUACACGGUGAGCUUGACGUCGUCAUAUUUGGACCUGGCGCCGCUGUAUGGCAACAAUCAAGACGAACAGGACUUGGUUAGGACAUUCAAGGAUGGCAAGCUCAAGCCGGACUGUUUCUCCAGCAAACGUGUUCUGGGCUUUCCGCCUGGCGUUGGGGUGCUACUGUUGAUGUUCAACCGCUUUCACAACUAUGUGGUUGAGAACUUGGCUCUCAUCAAUGAAGGCGGUCGUUUCACCAAGCCCAAUGAGUCCAAUGGCGAGGCUUAUGCGAAGUACGACAACGAUCUUUUCCAGACCGGUCGGCUAGUCACAUGCGGCCUGUAUAUCAAUAUCAUCCUUAAGGAUUACGUUCGAACGAUAUUGAAUAUCAAUCGAACAGACAGUCUCUGGAGCUUGGAUCCUCGAGCCGAUAUUAAGGACGGCUUGCUAGGUAGCGCCCCAGGUGAAGCUACGGGCAACCAGGUGUCUGCUGAAUUCAACCUUGUCUACCGCUGGCAUUCUUGCAUUUCUCAGCGGGAUGAGAAAUGGACGCAGGAUCUAUAUAAAGAUCUGUUUCCGGGAAAGAAUCCCAAUGAUGUCUCGCUAAGAGAGUUUGUCAGGGGCGUCGCUCAAUGGGAGGCGGGCCUACCAGAGCAGCCCGCAGAGCGUGCAUUUGCUGGAUUACAGCGUAAUGCAGACGGCUCUUUUGAUGAUGGCGAUCUCGCCAACAUGUUCGCAGAUAGCGUUGAAGAUUGCGCAGGUGCCUUUGGUGCGGGCAACGUCCCGUCAAUCUUCAGGAACAUCGAGGCUCUCGGCAUCAUGCAAGCGCGCUCCUGGAACUUGGCUACCCUCAACGAGUUCCGCAAAUUCUUCGACCUGGCACCCUACAAGACCUUCGAAGAAAUCAAUCCUGAUCCAUACAUUGCCGAUCAGCUCAAAAGAUUCUAUGAUGAACCCGACCUGGUAGAACUCUACCCAGGUCUCAUCGUAGAGGCUACGAAAGACCCGAUGGUUCCAGGAAGUGGCCUGUGUACUAACUUUACAAUCUCAAGGGCUGUCCUGUCCGAUGCAGUGGCUUUGGUUCGUGGCGAUCGCUUCUACACGGUCGAUUCAACCCCAAAGCAUCUCACAAACUGGGCCUAUAAUGAAAUCCUGCCUCUGGAUUCCGUUGACCAAGGCCAAGUAUUUUACAAGCUGGUGUUCCGUGCGUUCCCCAAACAUUUCAAAGGCAACUCCGUCUACGCACACUUUCCCCUGGUUAUUCCAUCCGAGAACAAGAAGAUCUUGGAGAGUCUUUCAGUUGCGCGGGAUUACAGCUGGGAUCGACCGAGCUAUACGCCUAUGCCGCCAUUUAUCAACUCUAAUUCCGCUUGCCAAUCGAUCCUCAGUGACCAAGAGGCGUUCAAGGUAACAUGGGGAGAGAAGAUCGAGUUUUUGAUGCAUCGCAACAACCGCCCUUAUGGCCGGGAUUUCAUGCUGUCGGGUGACAGGCCACCAAACGCUGCGUCACGUAAGAUGAUGGGCUCAGCAUUGUAUCGUGAGAAGUGGGAGAGCGAGGUCAAGAGAUUCUACGAAGACAUCACUCUGAAACUCUUGCACAAGCAUUCGUAUCAGGUGGCCGGAGUCAAUCAGGUCGACAUCGUUCGAGACAUCGCGAACCUGGCGCAGGUUCAUUUCUGCGCAAAUGUGUUUUCCCUACCAUUGAAGACCGAGUCGAACCCACGGGGAAUUUUUGCCGAGUCCGAACUGUACGAGAUCUUGGCGCUUGUGUUUGCAUCCAUCUUCUACGACGUCGAUGUUGGGAAGUCAUUCCAGCUUGACCAGGGCGCCCGGGCUGUGACUCAACAGCUUGGGGAACUGACAAUGGCUAAUGUUGAGUUUGUUAACAAGGCCGGCUUCAUUGCGAAUCUGGUUAACAGUCUGCACCGCCACGAUGUACUCAGUGAAUAUGGCAUCCACAUGAUCCAGCGUCUGCUCGCGACUAGUGUUCCGCCCGCCGAGAUCGUAUGGACUCAUGUUCUACCAACAGCAGGCGGAAUGGUGGCAAACCAAGCUCAGCUCUUUUCGCAAUGUCUUGAUUACUAUCUCUCAGAAGAAGGGUCUACUCAUCUACCAGAUAUUCAACGACUUGCCAAACAAGACACACCCGAGGCUGAUAGCCUACUUUUACGAUACUUUAUGGAAGGGGCUCGAUUGCGGUCGUCUGUUGCAUUGCCACGAGUUGUCGCAAAGCCCACCGUCGUGGAGGACGGUGGGACGAAGUUGGCUUUUAAACCAGGUCAGGCUGUAUUCUGCAACCUGGUAUCUGCUUCCAUGGAUCCCGUUAGCUUUCCAGAGCCGGAGAAAGUUAAACUUGAUCGUGACAUGAGCUUGUACGCUCACUUCGGGUUUGGCCCUCACCAGUGCCUAGGCAUGGGCAUGUGCAAGUUGGCCCUCACGACGAUGCUUAGGGUGGUCGGACGGCUAGACAACCUCCGGCGGGCUCCUGGCCCCCAAGGUCAGCUGAAAAAGAUUACCGGGCCUGGCGGAAUCGCGAUGUAUAUGACUGCGGACCAGAGUAGCUACUGGCCAUUCCCGUCGACCAUGAAGAUCCAAUGGGACGGUCCCCUGCCAGCUCUUGCAACGAACUAGGAGGUCAAUGAAUGGAUAUGAAAGGAAGACACGGACGCGGACGCGGACACGGACAUGGACGAUUGACUUGUAUGAUAAGAAUGGAAUAUAUCAUUUUCUAC